AUGUCAUUCGUUACCAAUACUCUGUGCAGUCAUUUCAUCAAGCACCUUCUUUGCACUUCCAUUUCUUCCAGCCACCGCGUCUUCCGCCGCGCCGGACCAGCUCGCUUCUCUUUUCUCUCUGCAGGAAGGCGGCAGCUCUUGAACCAGACUUCAAACACUGUAGCUUUUUCAACAUUAAUACCGUCAUCUUCUUCUUCCUCCGAGACUCUGGCAGCUAACGACUCGUAUUCUUCUCCUUACCUUUCCGCGCAAAUUCUGUGCAAACAAUGUGUCGCAGAUAUGCUUUCCGAAGCUCUCUUAUGCUUUGGAGCUAGCUCUACCAGCACUGAUGAACAUGACACCAGUAAAGAUGAAGAUAUUUGCAUCAGUGCCAUAUUUGCUGUAUCCCAGGAUGUCAAAGAGAGCAUAUCACUUGCAGCCGACUCUAUUGGCUUAAAAGAGAUCCCAAGUUAUGACGUCGUGAUGCACGACCACACUGAUUGGAUAAAGGAAAGUCAGGAAUCCUUCCAUCCUGUGGAAGUUGCAGAAGGGAUUUGGAUUGUUCCUGAGUGGAGAAAGCCUCCAGAUCCUCAAGCAACUAACAUUAUUCUUAACCCUGGAUUGGCAUUUGGAACUGGUGAGCAUCCUACAACUAAGUUGUGUCUAUUACUCCUGCAUAAUAUUAUCAAAGGAGGAGAAUAUUUCUUGGACUACGGCACAGGUUCUGGUAUACUUGCUAUUGCAGCCGUGAAGUUUGGUGCAGCUUCUUCAACUGGUGUGGAUAUAGAUCCGCAAGCAAUCACAGCUGCUAGAUGUAAUGCUGCUCUGAACAGCAUACCACCUGAAAAACUUUCAUUAAGUCUAGUUCCCAGUAAACUGGGUUUUACCUUCACUGAUGGUAUUUCGGAUAAGGAAUCAGAUAGUUGGGAUAUGCAUGAUCGAAACAUCUUCAGGGAGACGGAGAAGUUUGAUGUUGUCGUAGCUAAUAUAUUGUUAAAUCCUUUGCUCGAUUUGGCUGACCAUAUUGUCUCUUUUGCAAAGCCUGGAGCCACAGUUGGUCUAUCUGGUAUCAUAUCUGAGCAGAUACCUCGAAUCAUUGAACGGUACUCUCCAUUCCUGGAGGAUAUCAAUGUGUCAAAGAUGGAUGAUUGGGCUUGUAUUACAGGUUUUAAGAAGAAAAUAAAACCCUCGAGGAGUUGA